AUGGGCUACGAAACCUUUCAGAAUUCGAAUAAACCGGAGGACCAGGAAGUGUUUCAUGUUGAAGCAAUUCAUUCAGAAUGCUUGCCUUCACUUAUGUGUGAUGUGUCAACCCAAACUGAUAUCUCAUGGCCUCUGCUGUCCAACUGUGCACCUAUUUCUCAUGACCAUAACUAUGCAUUUGAACUGAAUAAGUCACCAAACAACAGCACUGAGUACAUAUUGACUAUGGAAGAAAGGUUACAAGUACAGACUGAGAUGGUUGAUAAUCUACAAAAGAAAGUUGGCAACCUACAACAAGAACUAGAGGAGUACAAAGAUCGUGAAUUUAAACUGGAUAAUUUUAAAGAUGACAAUGAUGCAAUUACAUUUUACACUGGCUUUCCAAGCUAUGAGACUUUAAUAGGAUUUUAUGAAUAUUUCAAAGAAAAACUUGCAAAGCUGCAAUACUGGAAUAAAUGCAAUGCACCAGAUUCAUAUGCGUAUCAAGAAGAGGGAAGAAGAAAGCCUGGGCCAAAGCGAAAACUUUCACCACUUACUGAAUUUUUUAUGGUUUUGGUAAGAUUGAAAGUUGGUCUCUUUGUUAAGGAUAUUGCAAGUAGGUUUGGAAUAUCUCCUGGACAAUUUUCCAGAAUAUUUUGUACCUGGGUGAACUUUCUAAAGCUAGAAUUGCAGUUGGUAUUUCCCUUUCCUUCACAGUAUCUUGUAAGGAAGAACAUGCCUGAUCAGUUUAGAUUGUAUCCAACUACUCGUAUCAUUCUUGAUUGCACUGAGCUUUAUGUUGAAGUUCCAUCUUCAAUGCUUGCACAGUCACAGACAUGGUCCAACUACAAGCAUCAUAACACUUUCAAAGUAUUAGUAGGAAUAUCACCAAAUGGUCAAGUGACAUUUGUGUCAAAGCUAUGGGGUGGCCGUGUUUCUGACAAGGAAAUCACACAACAAUCAGGAGUGAUGCACUUAUUAGAACCUGGGGACAAUGUAAUGGCUGACAGAGGAUUUGAUAUUGGUGGUAUUUUGCCACCAGGCUGUCACCUGAAUAUCCCACCUUUUAAGGGCAUCAGAGACCAGCUGACAGCUGAUGAAGUCCAGGAAACAGCCCGCAUUGCAUCAGUGAGGAUACAUGUUGAGCGUGCUAUUGGUCGCAUAAAGAACUAUCAUAUUCUAGAAGGUACUUUACCUUUGAGUUUAGCACACGUAGCCGAUCAAAUAUUUUUUGUAUGUGCUUAUCUUACUAACUUUUUAACUCCUCUUCUUGAGCCUCAAAUGUGAAGUUGAUUUACAUCUACUGUCAAAAAUAUACAAUAUAUGCUUAUGCAAAUGAUUAAUUGAAUUAAAUGAUGUCAUCAAUGACAACUGAAUACUGAAAUAAUAAACAUGUGAGGCAAUAACAUUUACAAUGAUACUGUUACUACUACUUUGCAGUUAAUAAUAUUCCAAUUUGAAGUUGUGUUAACUAACUCCAGCAUAAAAGAAAUAGUUUUUUUAAAUUCUCUUGGUUAAUGCAAUAUUGUAGUUGUGUACAUUUUUACAUACCAUGAACUGUGAUAAAGAAUAUAUUACAUAAUACUGAGGCUGAAGUUGCUGUCAAUGGAACUGUAAAAUGGAAUGUCCCCCUGAUUAUGAAAAUCCAUCUGUCCAAUAAUAGUUUGAAAGGUUAUAUCACAAGCAUGUCUGAUACACUCCAAUAACUUAAUAUUCUAACACAACAGUAGAAUUGAUUCAAGAAGUAAACUCAAACAAAAAGCAUGCUAAGCUAUUAAUAUUU